UAUAAUAUUUCAAACAACAAGAUUCUUAUAACCAUAUGUUUUUACUUUUUGGGAUUAUAUUAAGAAUAAAAUAUUGAUAAUCACUAUUUUUUUAAUUGAAAUCGUAAGUUUAAUUCAUAAUUCAUAUGUUUGGCAGGCAAUUACAAAAAAUGAUGGCAGAAAUCGUAAAAAAAGCUGAGUUUGCCGAAUCACGUUUAGUAGACUUCAGAAGUAAGGUAGAACAAAUUAGAGGUUACAAAGUUGAAGAAAAAAUUAAAGACCUUAUCAAAGAAAAUGACCUUCUAGCUUCAAAAGUUGAAAAGGCUAAGUCUGAAUUAAUUCGUUUAGAGACACUUAAUGGAAAAAAACAAUAUAAUCUCUCAGAUAUAUCUGUCAAAACUGGCUCCAAACCCGACAUAGCAACAGCACAAAAAACAAGUGAAAUUGAACCACCACUUGCCAAGAGAGAUAAGAAGGAAAAAGAACCAAAAAAGGUAGAAAAGGCGAGUGGCAAUGUAACAAAGACAGACUCUAUAAUAGAUGUAAGAAAGUUGGAUCUAAGGAUUGGCAAAAUUGUUGAUAUUAACAAGCAUCCUGAUGCCGACUCAUUAUAUGUUGAGAAAAUUGACUGUGGGGAAGAAAAUCCUCGAAUAGUUGUAUCUGGACUAGUUAAUCAUGUACCAAUUGAUGAGAUGAAAAAUAAAAUUGUGAUGGUACUUUGUAAUUUGAAACCAGUAAAGAUGAGAGGCGUAACAUCAGAAGCCAUGGUAAUGUGUGCUUCUUCACCAGAAAAAGUUGAAGUUUUAGUCCCGCCCUGUGAGGCAGCACCUGGAGAUUUAGUAUGUUGUGAAGGAUAUCCAAGAGAACCAGAACCUCAAAUGAAUCCCAAGAAAAAAAUAUUUGAAACUUGUGCACCAGACCUUAAGACCAAUGAAAAUAGAGUUGCCUGCUACAAGGGAUCUCCUUUAAUUAUUCCUGGAAAAGGUCCCAUAGUUGCUCCAACACUGUCGUGUGUUAGUGUGAAAUAAAAUUAUACAAUUAUUUA